UCGAAUCAGCAAAAAGCUUCGAGAGAUUGGAGAUGGUGAAAUCAAAAAUCAAAAUCAGCAAUGGCGCUUGAUGUGAGAAUCUUCGAAACCGUCUCUCCUUCUCGCUUCAUCUCCUUCACAAUCCCUAACCCUAACUCUCCGUCGCAUCUCCUCCGAGUCGCCGUCCUCGACUCGCCGAUUCACUCCAGCGACUCAUCUCCUCGAGUCGCCGCCAUGCUCGUCCCCAAGCACCGAGAAACCGACUGGAUCUUCUCCACCGAGUCCGGCCAUCUCCAGCUCCUCCUCAACCUCCCAAACAUCUCUCGUCUGAUACUGAUCGGCGACGAUCCCGACGAUAUCUCUAAUUCCCCCGCCGACGACAGCGAGAGACUGAAGCCUCUCGUCGCGGCUCUCUCACCCAAACCCCUAACCAAAGAAGAAGCGCCGUUUCUGAUUUACGAGGACGACGUAGUCUCCAGAGUAGAGCUGGAGAGAUCCGUCGGGCCUUACGUAGGCGAAAUGGUGAUCGAAGACGUAGAGAUUGAGAUCGACGAGGUUACACGAGAGUUCAGGAGGAGAUUGAGGUUUAAGAGAACGCCUAACUUAGUCCAAUCCGAUAUCAAGAUGGUCCGUACAAGAGGAGAGGAGUUCGAGCCUCGGCUCACGGAGCUUGUGCAUCCUUACUUGGCGCCGAUGGUGGCGAGUCUCUCCUUGAUCGGUUGUGAUCUCAAACGUAGACCCAAGGCGUUGUGUAUUGGCGUUGGAGGCGGCGGGUUGCUUAGUUUCUUGAAGUUAAAGUUAGGGUUCGAGGUUACGGGUGUGGAGAUAGACCCUGAAGUGUUGAGGGUCGCGAGGCGUUACUUUGGGUUGGAAGAGAGGUUUGCGAGUGUUCACGUUGGAGAUGGUGUUGACUUCUUGAAGAGGCUUGAUGAUGUUGAUAGCAAGUUUGAUGUCUUGAUGGUUGAUCUUGACUCUAGUGAUCCGGUUCACGGCGUGAGUGCUCCUCCGGUUGAGUUUGUGGCGAAAGAUGUUCUGUUAGCUGCAAGGGCGGUUCUUGUUCCGUGUGGGGUUUUGGUUAUCAAUGUCAUUCCUCUGAGCAAGACGUUCUAUGAAGAACUCAAGGAUGUGUUUAGAGGGGUCUUUGCUGAGUUGUAUGAGAUUGAUGUAGGGAAUGGUGAGAACUUUGUUCUCGUUGCAACUGUUUCAAUUAGAGAUGGUAAUAGUGGUUUUAGUAUGGAUAAUCUAGCACCAGUAAUCUUGAAGUAUGUUGACGCAAUACAGAGGAUCUGAGAUGUCGUU